AUGGAAAUUGCAACAUCAAUUUGGCUCCUGUUAAGUUCUUUUGUACUCCAUGUUCAAGCUCAAGAUCUAGGCUUUGUUAGUCUGGAUUGUGGUCUACCAGCAAAUUCAUCAGGCUACACCGAUUCAAAGACGAAGAUUAAGUAUAUAUCAGAUGAGGGCUUUAUAAAGGCAGGGGAAAGUAGCAGUGUAGCACCUGAGUUCAAGAACAAUGAACAAUCACUCUUGACUCUGAGAAGCUUUUCUAGAUAUAUUAGAAAUUGUUACGAUAUAAGUGCCAGUAAAGACACCAGGUAUUUGAUUCGAGCAAGUUUCUUAUACGGAAAUUAUGAUGGGCUCAAUAAAACUCCAAAAUUUGACCUGUAUUUGGGCAAUACUCGAUGGACAACAGUGGAUGACAGCUACUACUACACAGAAAUGAUGCACACACCUUCAAUAGAUAAAUUGUCGGUCUGUCUAAUCAACAUUGGCUAUGGAAUACCAUUCAUCUCAACAUUAGAGUUUAGAGAACUUCCUUAUCUCAGUUACUCACCUCUAUCUUAUUCCUUGCACCUUUAUAAACGGUACGAUAUGGGGUCAAUGACAAAUCAGCAGUACAGGUUUCCUGAUGAUCCUUAUGACCGAGUGUGGGAAAUAUAUAAAGAUAAUAACUAUGCACCACUAAGUACCUUGGAUUCUGUAGUUACUGACAACUUGGAGCAGACACCGGCCGUAGUCAUGCAAACUGCUGCAACUUCAAAGAAAGGGAUCCAACUAAUGGACGAUAUAUUGAAAUCAGUGGAUGCGAUCAGUAAUAUUCGGUCAGAUUAUGGAGUAAUCAAAAAUUGGGAAGCAGACCCAUGUUUGCCAAGUGGAUAUCCAUGGAGUGGUUUGAGUUGCAGCUCUGAUCCAAUUCCUAGAAUCACAUCACUGAACUUGUCUUCAAGCGAAUUGAAGGGUGUGAUAUCUCCGUACAUAAUCGGUCUACCUAUGUUACAAACACUGGAUUUGUCCAAUAAUUACUUGACAGGACAAGUACCUGAACUUCUGUCCAACUUGGCACACCUCACCGUCCUAAACUUAGAGAAUAACAAUCUCACAGGCUCUCUUCCACCCGAGCUUACAAAAAAACAGAAGAACGGUUCACUUACAUUAAGAACACAAGGCAAUCCAGAUUUAUGUAAAUUAGAUUCAUGCACAAAUAUGACACCUGAGAGGAAGAAAAGCAACAAUAUAAUCAUUCCAGCAGUAGCCUCAGUGGGUGGAUUGCUUGCAUUCCUCAUAAUUGCAGUGAUUGUCUAUUGGAUUGCUAAAUCAAAUAAGAAACAACAAGGUGAUGAUGUUGCUUUGAUAGGGAAUCCCGCAAAGGCAUACACCCAAUUAGGCAGUUCCUUGGAGACAAAUAGACGACAGUUUACUUUCGCAGAAGUUGUGAUGAUAACCAACAAUUUUGAGAGGGUUCUUGGUAAGGGGGGUUUCGGGAUGGUUUACUAUGGAGUUCUAGAUGACACUGAAGUGGCUGUGAAGAUGAUUUCUCCUUCAGCAGUACAAGGCUACAGUCAGUUUCAAGCAGAGGUUACAAUUCUUAUGAGAGUUCACCACAGAAAUUUAACAAGCCUUGUAGGCUAUAUGAAUGAUGGAGGUCACCUUGGCCUCGUUUAUGAGUACAUGGCCAAAGGAAACCUAGCCGAGCAUCUUUCUGAGAAAACCACAAGUAUCUUAAGCUGGGAAGACAGACUUCGGAUUGCAAUAGAUGCAGCUCAAGGGCUGGAGUAUCUGCAUCAUGGGUGUAAGCCACCAAUAGUCCACAGAGAUGUGAAAACCACAAACAUCUUAUUGACAGAAAAAUUCAACGCAAAACUUUCUGAUUUUGGCCUUUCAAAGACUUACCCAACAGAUGACAAGUCCUACAUGAGCACUAUUAUUGUUGGCACUCCGGGUUAUCUUGAUCCAGAGUACUAUACAUCAAACAGGUUAACUGAAAAAAGCGAUGUGUAUGGUUUUGGAGUUUCCUUGAUGGAAGUAAUUAGUUGCAGACCAGUAAUUUCCAACAUCGAAGACCCAGAAACGAAUUACAUAGCCAAAUGGAUGCGCACCAUGGUUGCUCAGAGAAAUAUCAAGAAUAUAGUUGACCCAAGAUUAAAAGAAGCAUAUGAAAGUAACUCUAUUUGGAAGGCUGUGAGACUAGCCUUGGCUUGCGUAUCAGAAGACUCCAGUGAAAGGCCAACGAUGAAUCAAGUAGUGAUAGAGCUGAAGGAAUGCUUGGCCAUGGAGUUGAAUCAGAGAUUAGAACAGCGUCCACUAGAAUCAAGAAUUCACUGA